AUGCGAAGUCUUAGCUGCAAGGUCAUUGAGUUGCCAUCAGGGAUGCCUCAAACUAGUUCCACUUCAAUGGAAGAGUUGCCUCGUCUCCUCUGCACAGCUCAGCGUGCUCUACACUUUCAAAGCCACCGUGUCGCUGUACGCAGUCCUGACGAUUUUGUGGUCAGUUGUUGCCGCUCUCUGCCGCUCCGCUACUUCCUCUCCGUUCACAUCGCUUCCAUUGUACGCUUCGGUCAAUCCCUUGAAGAGUGCUACAAACAUUGCGCGAUCCUCUGCUUCGACACUGAGAUGCUGCACAAAUCGAAGGCAGCUCUUCCUAUAAAGCACGCGUUGAGUACUUCCUUGUCGAUUUCAGCCUCUCUCUCCCUCUCCUUCUACGCUGUCCAGCGCUGCGUGCAUUUUAUUCAUUCACUUCACAACUAUCCAUCCACUAGACAUCCACUUCCAAUGGGUGAAGGGGAGGAGCAGCGUACUCCAAAGCAAAGCACUCAGUCAAGACCAGCAGGA